AUGCCUCGUUCGCAUUCCCCUUCCGGUGCUCCGACGUCACUUCAUUCAACAAACGCGCCACAAUCCCAACAUCAAAUUCGUCAGCAUCAACAAAUAUCGCCCCCGACAUCUUCGCAACCGCCACAACACCAUCACGUACCACCGCCUGACCAGUGUGUACCUGAGUUAUCCGCCUCCGACUCCCAGAUGGACUCUGGAACCUCAUCCACCAGUUCCAUGCAUCAACAAGCUUUGGCUGCGGCGACAGCCUAUGCUGCAGCUGCUGCCUACGCUGGUUUGGACCCGAUGGUCGCGGCUCAUCAGCGCCUUGGCUGCCAAUCCGCCUGUAGCAAUUCCGCUAUUUCCAUGCCUCGUUCGCAUUCCCCUUCCGGUGCUCCGACGUCACUUCAUUCAACAAACGCGCCACAAUCCCAACAUCAAAUUCGUCAGCAUCAACAAAUAUCGCCCCCGACAUCUUCGCAACCGCCACAACACCAUCACGUACCACCGCCUGACCAGUGUGUACCUGAGUUAUCCGCCUCCGACUCCCAGAUGGACUCUGGAACCUCAUCCACCAGUUCCAUGCAUCAACAAGCUUUGGCUGCGGCGACAGCCUAUGCUGCAGCUGCUGCCUACGCUGGUUUGGACCCGAUGGUCGCGGCUCAUCAGCGCGUCAAAGCCUAUUAUGAUCAUUGGGCUUCAUCUUUGUUUGGCAGCUUGGCUGCCAAUCCGCCUGUAGCAAGUGGUCCCACCAACGCUCUAAGCGACUAUCCGCAUCCAGUCAAUAGUAACAACAACCGAGCAACAGACUGGUCCGUAAAUCAAACUGACCGCAGUGAUCGUGUAUUUGAUCCACUAUCCGCAGAUCCUACAUGGGCCUGGCCGAGAGAUCAGACUGGUGCCCGCCAGCUUUCCAAUCCAGCCUCGCGUCCGGGUGGUUUUUUCGAUACCAGUUCACGAUUGAGCGACUGCACCGCAGCCUAUCCACCGGUUGGAGGAGCGGUUGGCGGUCCCUUCUCGGAAUUCUCGACCAACCCGAAUUCCAGCGGUCUUCCGAAUCUCUCUCAGCACACAGUGCAUUCAUCGCAUCACUCACAUAUGCCAGCAACAACGAAGGACUCAACCGCGAUCGAGUUUGGGAUAAAUUCAGGACAUCCGGGUCUAACCGCCCCGGCCUAUUCGGAUCCGAUACUACCUCAUUUGUCCCAUCCGGAUCCAUAUAGGCAUUUUCAUCCCGGAUUAGAUUAUGCCCGAUUCGGUCCCGGGCCGUCAUCGCACGAACCACGAGUCAACGGAUGGUCGUAA